GCGCAAUGGUCUGCCAGGUGAAGCAGAGUCUCGCGACGGCAGUGAUUCUGAUGGCAGUAUGCGGGGUCAGCAGUCUGCUGUAUCUGCCCAACCUCACUCUAUUGGCACGCCUGAGCCUGCCCUCCUUCACCCAGGACCAGGUCUGCCGUCUAGAGACCUUGCGGCUGAACAACUGGCAGACCAGCGACCCCACCACCUUGAACAUCUACUCCACCAUCCGCGCCAGGAUCACGGCUCUCGGCGAGACAGUAUCCGUGCAGACUGUCAUACAACUCCUGCUGACAUCAGUGUACAGCUCGCAGGUGCGCAGUUGUCCGGCUGUGACCGCUGUCAUAGCUCCAGCAUCUGUCAACAGUCUAAACAGUGCAGUCAGCAGUCUUCUAUCUCUGCCCAACCUCACUCUAUUGGCACGCCUGAGCCUGCCCUCCUUCACCCAGGACCAGGUCUGCCGUCUAGAGACCUUGCGGCUGAACAACUGGCAGACCAGCGACCCCACCACCUUGAACAUCUACUCCACCAUCCGCGCCAGGAUCACGGCUCUCGGCGAGACAGUAUCCGUGCAGACUGUCAUACAACUCCUGCUGACAUCAGUGUACAGCUCGCAGGUGCGCAGUUGUCCGGCUGUGACCGCUGUCAUAGCUCCAGCGUCUGUCAACAGCCCAACCAGUGGUACCAGUCCAUUCAAAGGUACCAAUGCAACCAUUGCUACCAAUGCAACCAGUGCUACCAAUGCAACCAGUGCUACCAAUGCAACCAAUGCUACCAGUCCAACCAUUGGAACCAAUGCGACCAGUGCUACAAAUGCAACAGGCGCUACCAAUGUGACCAGUGCUACCAAUGCAACAGGCGCUACCAAUGCAACCAGCGCUACCAAUGCAACCAGUCCAACCAUUGGUACCAAUGCGACCAGUGCUACCAAUGCAACAGGCGCUACCAAUGGAACUAGCGCUACCAAUGCAACAAGCGCUACCAAUUCAACCAGUCCUACCAUUGGCGCUACCAAUGCAACCAAUGCUAACAGUCCAACCAUUGGAACCAAUGUGAACAGUGCUACCAAUGCAACAGGCGCUACCAAUGCAACUAGCGCUACCAAUGCAACCAGUCCAACCAUUGGUACCAAUGCGACCAGUGCUACCAAUGCAACAGGCGCUACCAAUGUAACUAGCGCUACCAAUGCAACAAGCGCUACCAAUGCAACCAAUCCUACCAAUGCAACCAGCGCUACCAAUGCAACCAAUGCUACCAAUGCAACCAGUGCUACCAAUGCAACCAAUGUUAACAGUCCAACCAUUGGAACCAAUGCGACCAGUGCUACAAAUGCAACAGGCGCUACCAAUGUGACCAGUGCUACCAAUGCAACAGGCGCUACCAAUGCAACCAAUGCUAACAGUCCAACCAUUGGAACCAAUGCGACCAGUGCUACAAAUGCAACAGGCGCUACCAAUGCAACAAGCGCUACCAAUGCAACCAAUCCUACCAAUGCAACCAGCGCUACCAAUGCAACUAUUGCUACCAGUCCAACCAUUGGUACCAAUGCGACCAGUGCUACCAAUGCAACAGGCGCUACCAAUGAAACUAGUGCUACCAAUGGAACCAAUGCUACCAAUGAAUACAAUGCUACCAGUCCAACCAUUGGUACCAAUGUGACCAGUGCUACCAAUGCAACAGGAGCUACCAAUGCAACUAGCGCUACCAAUGCAACCAGCGCUACCAAUGCAACCAGCGCUUCCAAUGCAACCAAUGCUACCAGUCCAACUAUUGGUACCAAUGCGACCAGUGCUACCAAUGCAACAGGCGCUACCAAUGGAACCAGCGCUACCAAUGAAACCAAUGCUACGAGUCCAACCAUUGGUACCAAUGUGACCAGUGCUACCAAUGCAACAGGUGCUACCAAUGCAACUAGCACUACCAAUGCAACCAGCGCUACAAAUGCAACCAAUGCUACUAGUCCAACCAUUGGUACCAAUGCGACCAGUGCUACCAAUGCAACAGGCGCUACCAAUGGAACCAGCGCUACCAAUGAAACCAAUGCUACGAGUCCAACCAUUGGUACCAAUGUGACCAGUGCUACCAAUGCAACAGGAGCUACCAAUGCAACUAGCGCUACCAAUGCAACCAGCGCUACCAAUGCAACCAGCGCUUCCAAUGCAACCAAUGCUACCAGUCCAACUAUUGGUACCAAUGCGACCAGUGCUACCAAUGCAACAGGCGCUACCAAUGGAACCAGCGCUACCAAUGAAACCAAUGCUACGAGUCCAACCAUUGGUACCAAUGUGACCAGUGCUACCAAUGCAACAGGUGCUACCAAUGCAACUAGCGCUACCAAUGCAACCAGCGCUACCAAUGCGACCAAUGCUACCAGCCCAACCAUUGGCACCAAUGUGAACAGUGCUACCAAUGCAACAGGCGCUACCAAUGCAACUAGCGCUACCAAUGCAACCAGCGCUACCAAUGUAACCAGCGCUACCAAUGUAACCAAUGCUACCAGUCCAACCAUUGGUACCAAUGCGUCCAGUGCUACCAAUGCAACAGGCGCUACCAAUGGAACUAGCGCUACCAAUGCAACCAGCGCUACCAAUGCGACCAAUGCUACCAGUCCAACCAUUGGUACCAAUGUGACCAGUGCUACCAAUGCAACAGGCGCUACCAAUGCAACUAGCGCUACCAAUGCAACCAGCGCUACCAAUGUAACCAGCGCUACCAAUGUAACCAGCGCUACCAAUGUAACCAAUGCUACCAGUCCAACCAUUGGUACCAAUGCAACCAGUGCUUCCAAUGCUACUAAUGCAAUAAUAGCUUCUAACUCAACCAGUGCAGUCAGCAGUCUCGUAUCUCUGCCCAACCUCACUCUAUUGGCACGCCUGAGUCUGCCGUCCUUCACCCAGGACCAGGUCUGCCGUCUAGAGACCUUGCGGCUGAACAACUGGCAGACCAGCGACCCCACCACCUUGAACAUCUACUCCACCAUCCGCGCCAGGAUCACGGCUCUCGGCGAGACAGUAUCCGUGCAGACUGUCAUACAACUCCUGCUGACAUCAGUGUACAGCUCGCAGGUGCGCAGUUGUCCGGCUGUGACCGCUGUCAUAGCUCCAGCAUCUGUCAACAGUCUAAACAGUGCAGUCAGCAGUCUUCUAUCUCUGCCCAACCUCACUCUAUUGGCACGCCUGAGCCUGCCCUCCUUCACCCAGGACCAGGUCUGCCGUCUAGAGACCUUGCGGCUGAACAACUGGCAGACCAGCGACCCCACCACCUUGAACAUCUACUCCACCAUCCGCGCCAGGAUCACGGCUCUCGGCGAGACAGUAUCCGUGCAGACUGUCAUACAACUCCUGCUGACAUCAGUGUACAGCUCGCAGGUGCGCAGUUGUCCGGCUGUGACCGCUGUCAUAGCUCCAGCGUCUGUCAACAGUCUAAACAGUGCAGUCAGCAGUCUUCUAUCUCUGCCCAACCUCACUCUAUUGGCACGCCUGAGCCUGCCCUCCUUCACCCAGGACCAGGUCUGCCGUCUAGAGACCUUGCGGCUGAACAACUGGCUGACCAGCGACCCCACCACCUUGAACAUCUACUCCACCAUCCGCGCCAGGAUCACGGCUCUCGGCGAGACAGUAUCCGUGCAGACUGUCAUACAACUCCUGCUGACAUCAGUGUACAGCUCGCAGGUGCGCAGUUGUCCGGCUGUGACCGCUGUCAUAGCUCCAGCGUCUGUCAACAGUCUAAACAGUGCAGUCAGCAGUCUUCUAUCUCUGCCCAACCUCACUCUAUUGGCACGCCUGAGCCUGCCCUCCUUCACCCAGGACCAGGUCUGCCGUCUAGAGACCUUGCGGCUGAACAACUGGCUGACCAGCGACCCCACCACCUUGAACAUCUACUCCACCAUCCGCGCCAGGAUCACGGCUCUCGGCGAGACAGUAUCCGUGCAGACUGUCAUACAACUCCUGCUGACAUCAGUGUACAGCUCGCAGGUGCGCAGUUGUCCGGCUGUGACCGCUGUCAUAGCUCCAGCGUCUGUCAACAGUCUAAACAGUGCAGUCAGCAGUCUUCUAUCUCUGCCCAACCUCACUCUAUUGGCACGCCUGAGCCUGCCCUCCUUCACCCAGGACCAGGUCUGCCGUCUAGAGACCUUGCGGCUGAACAACUGGCAGACCAGCGACCCCACCACCUUGAACAUCUACUCCACCAUCCGCGCCAGGAUCACGGCUCUCGGCGAGACAGUAUCCGUGCAGACAGUCAUACAACUCCUUCUGACAUCAGUGUACAGCUCGCAGGCCCCGAUACGAUGUAACUCUCUGGUGGUGAUCCUGGUCGUGUAA